CUUUCUCCCUAGUGCAGCAGUUAGGAAAUGUUUGUGAGUAGUUUGCUUGACCUGUUGACCAGUGAGCACAGUGAAGCAGUGGCGUAGUAACAUCCAGAAGGUGGUUUGCAGAAGAAACAGGAGCAUUUUUGGCUUCCUACCCUCUCUGGGCCUGGGUUUCCUGAAAUUGUCACACCUGCAGCAGAAGGAAAAUGGCCGAGCUGAAGUAUCUUUCUGGAUUUGGGAAUGAGUGUGCCUCGGAGGACCCUCGCUGCCCAGGUGCCCUGCCAGAAGGACAGAAUAAUCCUCAAGUUUGCCCCUACAACCUGUAUGCUGAGCAGCUCUCAGGAUCAGCUUUCACCUGUCCACGGAGCACCAAUAAGAGAAGCUGGCUGUAUAGGAUUCUACCUUCAGUUUCUCACAAGCCUUUUGAAUCCAUUGACCAAGGCCACGUCACUCACAACUGGGAUGAAGUUGAUCCUGAUCCUAACCAGCUGAGAUGGAAACCAUUUGAGAUUCCAAAAGCCUCUCAGAGGAAAGUGGACUUUGUGAGCGGUCUGCACACCUUGUGUGGAGCUGGAGACAUCAGGUCUAACAAUGGGCUUGCAGUCCACAUUUUCCUCUGCAACACCUCCAUGGGGAACAGAUGCUUUUAUAAUUCAGAUGGGGACUUCUUGAUUGUUCCCCAGCAAGGGAAACUUCUCAUUUACACUGAGUUUGGCAAGAUGCUUGUACAGCCCAACGAGAUCUGCGUCAUUCAGAGAGGAAUGCGGUUCAGCAUAGAUGUCUUUGAGGAGACCAGAGGCUACAUCCUGGAGGUCUACGGUGUCCACUUUGAGUUGCCUGACCUGGGACCAAUUGGAGCCAAUGGCUUGGCCAAUCCUCGUGAUUUCUUGAUACCUGUUGCCUGGUAUGAAGAUCGCCAAGUGCCAAGUGGUUACACUGUGAUUAAUAAAUACCAGGGCAAACUUUUUGCUGCCAAACAGGGUAUCUCCCCAUUCAAUGUUGUGGCCUGGCAUGGGAAUUAUACCCCCUACAAGUACAACUUGGAGAACUUCAUGGUCAUCAACUCGGUGGCCUUUGACCAUGCAGACCCAUCCAUUUUCACAGUGCUGACUGCCAAGUCUGUCCGCCCGGGAGUGGCCAUCGCUGAUUUUGUCAUCUUCCCACCACGAUGGGGGGUUGCUGAUAAGACCUUCAGGCCUCCUUAUUACCAUAGGAACUGCAUGAGUGAAUUCAUGGGACUCAUCAAAGGUCACUAUGAGGCAAAGGAAGGUGGGUUUCUGCCAGGGGGAGGCAGCCUGCACAGCCCAAUGACCCCCCAUGGACCUGAUGCUGACUGCUUUGAGAAGGCCAGCAGAGCCAAGCUGGCACCUGAGAGGGUUGCGGAUGGCACCAUGGCAUUUAUGUUUGAGUCUUCUCUAAGUAUGGCUGUCACCAAGUGGGGGCUGAAGACCUCUAACUGUUUGGAUGAGAACUACUACACGUGCUGGGAACCUCUCAAGAGCCACUUCACCCCAGACUCCAGGAACCCUGCAGGACCUGACUGAGACUGGAGCACUGAUACCAUUAUUGAAAAUAGAUUUGUGUGAUUUCCUUUAAAAAUCUCACGCACACCCUGAGGCAGUAUUGGGGGAGGGGGUUGGUUAAAAUGAGGACUCACUUUUUCAAAGUCAAAUGAAUCAAACAUUUAUAGAAAUGUAUUUGGAAGUUUCUACCAGCUUAAUAACUCAAUAAAUACUUGCUGGUUGUUGUGAAA